AUAUUCCCGUGUAUAGUACAAGCCCUGUACCUGUUUCAAUAAUUACCCCUCUCGUCGAUCCUCGAGAGGUUGUAUCGAUAGCCUGUCCUCUGGCCAAAUUGGCCACUUUGAAUCCUUUUUCUUAUGCCUCUGCUGCUCAAGUCGAGAGAUUUAGGCAGUUUAGCGGGCUUCCCUCCGAUUGGGAGUUGAUUACCCCAGGUCCUGACAGCGAUUUUGCUUACCCUCCUGAAGGUUGCCAUACUUUCUUUGUCGACCAAGUCCUUUUUGGCAUGCACUUCCCCAUCCAAGUCGAGCUUUUGGAGAUAAGUGACCUGUAUAGUAUCCCAAUAAAUCAGUUUUCUCCCAACGCUCUUUGUAUCAUGAUAGCUUUUAUCGUCGUUUCUCGCAUAAUUCUCCGCUUCUUCUCGGCUGAAUUUUUUCAUUACUGUUAUAGUUAUCGACCUCAAAAGGGGGCUCAUUGUUUGAUCCGCCGUUCAGGCGUUACCUUUCUCGACGACCUUUCCUCCAAUAUCCCGGAGUGGAAGUCGAAAUUUGUCUUUAUUCGGCCUCCCGUCGGCGCUUAUCCUUAUGCCAAUAAUUGGAUAAGUACUAAAGUUAAACAGAAUAAACAGUCUCGAUCCGAGAACUUCGAAAAACUUUUAGAAGAAUUGAAUAAGUGUACUUAUAUUAAGGCACUCAAGCGCUUUGAGGUGAAGAAAAAACAACCCGCUGGGCAGCUAGCCAGUGGGUCUGCCCCUCCUCCACCCGGCGGGUCCGGCGCGAAGUCGACUGCUGCUGCCAAGAAGCCCAAGUCCUCGGGUCCCAGUGCCCGCAAGAGGCCUCAAGACGCAAGGACCGCUUCUCUUCUUCCCGACGACCUUAAACGUCGUAAAGUCGAUAAGGGCAAAGAGAAGGUUUUUGAAAGGAACACUGAUGCCGCCGUCACCUACAAGGACGUGCUGGUCAAGAUGCCGUCUCGGCUCUGGAAUCAUCCGGAGCCGCAUAAGGUGGCAAGAUAUCUAAACUCACUGCUCCCUGAGACCGACAAGGCCCGCGUCGAAGGAAAUAGCUACGAGCGUUCCUACUACGCUAUGCAAUGCCUUACUCGGGUAGGUGCUUCUUGUUUAAGUCUAGUGUUUAUGUUUACUCACUCUUGCACUAUUUGUUUACUUCUCUCCCCCUUUUUUUUUUUUUUUUUAGUUCCUAGCAGCC